GGCAGAUAAAAAAACAAUAUGCGAAUAAACAAAUAAAUACCGUUACGAGAAAGUGCCACGUGUUACCCUACAUGGCAACAAGGCAUCGCAUUUUGGAACCAUCCAUCAUUCACCCACAACCCCACUCUCUCUUCUCUUCCCAUGGCGUUUCUUCAUCACCAUCACCACCACCAUCAUCAUCACCAUCAUCAUCAUCAUCAUCUUCUUCAUCUUCCUAUUCAAUUUAAUCUUCCUUAUUGAAAUUCCCUCUUCAAUCUCUUUCCUUUUCCAUCUCUCAGCUCACUACUCUCAAUAAACAAAUCUCAAUAACUAAUAAGUGUGUGUGUGAGAAAGAGAGAACCAAAAACGUUACGUGACUUUACCCAAUCCCAUCAAAUAUUUUUUCAUUGGGUCAUUUUUCCACUCUUAAAUUUCGAAUUUUGAUAUCUGGGUAAUUCCUAUUCCCCAUCUCAGGUAUAUCGCUACUUCUCCUCCAUAUUUAGAUCUAUACUCAGAGGCCCUUCAAAUCUUUUCGUGUUUCUAAAUUAUUAAUGUAAUAAUUAUUAUUAUUGUUCUUGUUAUUGGUUUGUGGUUGAUCUGAAAAACGUGAUUGGUUUUUUAUUUUCAUUUUGUUUUUGAUUUUGUAAUGUUAAAAGCACUUGUGUGGUUGGUUCAUGUUGGAGGUUUGUGAAACUUUAUGAUGUGAUGUGUAAUAAAGUGUUUCAAUGUUUGAGCGAGUCUGAGUCUGUAAUUGAUCAUAGACAACACUUUAUCAUGGAUAGUCCCACUGCCAUUCGAUCCCCGGCCACAACCACCGGAUCGGGUGGUUCGAACGACGAUGGCCGGCGUGUCAAAUUCUUGUGUAGCUUUCUAGGUAGCAUAAUGCCACGUCCACAAGAUGGGAAACUGCGUUAUGUUGGUGGAGAGACAAGAAUUGUGAGUGUUUUGAGAGAUAUUAGCUUUGAUGAGUUGAUGGGAAAGAUGAGGGAGUUGUAUGAAGGUGUUGCUGUUUUGAAGUAUCAGCAGCCUGAUGAAGAUCUUGAUGCCCUUGUUUCUGUUGUUAAUGAUGAUGAUGUGGUUAACAUGAUGGAAGAGUAUGACAAGUUAGGUUCAGGAGAUGGGUUCACUAGGCUUAGGAUUUUCUUGUUUUCGCAAUCCGAACAGGAUGGUUCACACUUUAUUGAUGGGGAUGAUUCUGAGAGGAGGUAUGUGGAUGCAUUGAAUAGUUUAAAUGAUGCUUCUGAGUUUAGGAGAUUGCAACAAAUGGAGUUUCCUAUGGUCGAGGAUAUCCAUGUGCCUGAUCAGUUCAUUAAUCCGAUCAGCGUCGAGAAUGGGAUUCAUAGCCAAAGAAGUGGGGAAAUAGCAAUGUCCCAAUACAAUUUGCAUCAUAUCCCUAUCCAGCACCAGCAGCAACCUAUGAACCAGAGGUAUAGCGAAAUUGAUGCUCCGUGGAAUCCUGCUUAUUACUCUCCUAGACAUCAUGGUCAGUGUCUCCAUGACUCCAGAUCAUUGGUUGAGUUCCCAUCUUCUCCUUCUGGCACAAGGUACCGUAUGCCGUUUCCUGAGAUGCCAGAUAAGGGCACUGAUAGAGUGUCGGAUGAGUAUGCUCGACAUCAUGUAAAUCAUCAUCCUAUGUACGACCCACAGUAUCCCGAAAAUGUUGUUUGGAUGCCAACUGGAGCACCACCACAGGGUGAUAAGUCUGGUUUUCCAGGCAACAUUCUUCAUGGUUCCCAUGCUCAUGAUGGGAAUAGUAUAUGCGAGCAUUGUCGCAUGAGUUUUCAGAGACCUCCACCGCAUUUGGAACAUCCUAAUAUACUUCCACCUGUUGCCAUUCCAUGUCAAGAAUGCCACCCAAGUAUGGAUGCUCUCACAGUGAAUGCUGAUGCCAAGUUACAGCCUGCUAUGUAUCCUAAUGAACAAAAUAGUGAUCCUAGGUCUGUUUAUAACGAUUCUCAGAAUCUCGAGAGAGGAUGGGGUUUGCAGCGUCAGAGUUCUUCUAGGGCUGAGGAACCAAGAGGACAUGUCUCUGGAUCAGGAAGAGUGAAUGAUCAUUUUGUUGGUGAUGUUCCUAUCAUUAAUUUCCCUCCCGGACAUGGUAGUAUGAUCGAUGGACACACUUUUCCUUCCAAUCACGUUCAUCAACAAGCUGGACCUGAAUUAGGCGUUGAACUGUUUCCUGACCAAGCCAUGGCUGCUUUACCACAUCUACAAAUUCCUCCUUUGGAAGAACCCAUUGUGCAGUAUGGAAAUACUACUUCUCCUUAUGGAGUAGAUAAUAAUUACGCCAUGCCUCGUGGACACGCGCCUGGUUAUACUCUCUGGAGAAAUGGUCCAACUCCGGUUCAUAUUGGACCACAGCACGAGGUAACUACUCUACCUCAGCCGGUUGACGGUGUUAUGAAUGCUGGAAUAAUCAGGGGAGAGGGCAAUCCAGGAUUUUUUGUUGGACCAGAUAGCCAAAGUGUUUGGGUUGAUUCCUCACAGAAAUUUCCGGGUCAUGAUGUGUCAGCCAUCCCUGAAUACCCUUAUGCAAAUGUGCCAAAGUUGAAUCCGGUGGCCAUUGGUCAGGAAAAUCAACCUCCAGUUAUCGUAGAUGUCAUUCAUCCCCCACAGGACAUAAUUGCUGGUGCCUGCUUGGAAUCUAUGCAGCUGCAACAACCAUCUUUUAAUAUGGUUCGCAAUAAUGAAGUUUUGAAAAACGAUACUCAUUUGACUGAAGCGAUGGGUUUGCAAUCUUCAAGUUUGCUUGGGGAAGGAAAAGAGGCAAAAAAUGAGGACAAGGUUGAGAACACUAAUGUGCAAAGUAUAUCUUUUAAAGAGCAAAAUCAAAUUGUUGAAGAUGUAUCCAACACAGCCGCUUCUGUUGUGGAAUGUAAUAAGUGUGGAGAUGCUGAGAAGCUGGCUGAUAAGGACUGUUCUCCUCGUGAAGAUUCUAAGGAUUUAGCUGAUCAAUUCAUUUUCUUGCCUGAGUUGAUUGCUUGUGUUAAAAAGGCUGCAUUAGAAAGUCACGACGAGGUGAAACCUACAGCUGAAGAGCACGAUGGCUCUCAGAAGCACAAUUCAAUUGCCAAAGAAGAAACAGAAAAUGAAGUUGAACCAGUGAAUGCUCAUGGUGAUGUAGAAUUGGACACCGAAAACGACCAUGUAGAUACUUCUAAAAUUGAGCCUACAAAGGCUGAGGCAGAAGCAAUUGCUAGGGGAUUGCAGACGAUUAAAAAUGAUGAUUUGGAGGAGAUCCGUGAGCUAGGUACUGGAACUUAUGGGGCUGUUUAUCACGGGAAAUGGAAAGGUUCUGAUGUUGCCAUUAAGAGAAUAAAAGCCAGUUGUUUUGCUGGAAGACCAUCUGAAAGAGCAAGAUUGAUUGCAGAUUUCUGGAAGGAGGCAUUGAUGCUGAGUUCAUUGCAUCAUCCGAAUGUUGUCUCCUUCUAUGGUAUUGUUCGUGAUGGUCCUGAUGGGUCUUUAGCAACAGUGACAGAAUUCAUGGUUAAUGGAUCUUUGAAACAGUUCUUGCAUAAGAAAGACAGAACGAUAGAUCGUCGGAAGAGGCUCAUUAUAGCCAUGGAUGCUGCAUUUGGGAUGGAGUAUUUGCAUGGAAAGAACAUUGUGCAUUUUGAUUUGAAAUGUGAGAAUCUAUUGGUUAAUAUGAGAGAUCCACAACGGCCUGUCUGCAAGAUUGGUGAUUUAGGUCUAUCAAAAGUUAAACAGCAUACUCUAGUGUCUGGAGGGGUACGCGGAACUUUGCCAUGGAUGGCACCUGAACUUCUUAGCGGGAAAAGCAAUAUGGUGUCGGAGAAGAUCGAUGUUUACUCGUUCGGGAUAGUCAUGUGGGAAUUACUCACAGGGGAUGAACCUUAUGCUGAUUUGCAUUGUGCUUCAAUAAUAGGAGGAAUUGUGAACAACAGUUUGCGUCCUCAAAUCCCGACAUGGUGCGAUCCUGAGUGGAAGUCUCUAAUGGAAAGUUGUUGGGCUUCUGAUCCUACAGAAAGACCAUCGUUUUCCGAAAUCUCGAAGAAGCUAAGGAGUAUGGCUGCUUCAAUGAAUGUGAAAUAGUCAAUUGAUCUGGAAACAAUCAAUUUCCCUUCUUACAUUAUAUGUAGCCUAGAAUUGGUGUAAUAAUCGAAGGGAAAUAAGGCGAAUCAUGUUUCUUCCAGUUCAAGGCGCCAACAAGCUCCUUGCUUUAAAAGGGAAAACUAUAUAUUUAAAGGAGUAUAUUCAAGCUUAUAAAAGCUUGUUGUAUGUAAUAUCAUGCCUUGGUUUAGUCUAGACAGACUUAUAUUAUUGCCUUUAGUGGUAUUUAGCGUAGUGCAGUUAAUGCACUAUAUAGCAUGGAUUUUCUCGGGUAGCGGCGUGGUGCUCUGAAGAAAACAAAGCUAGAUGUGGAAUAUCAUUAUAUCACACUUUUUACACGUGAUCAUGGCCAUGGUAGCGAUAAUUUUAGUUUUAUGAUCCACUGAGGAGGAACCAUGCUUUAUGGAGGGAUGUGUAUAUAUUUAACAAACAUGUCUCUUGUGCUUCAUAUGGAGAGGAUAAUGAUGAAUUAUGCUUCCCAUGUUCAGAUGGAGCAAAUUCAUUUUUGUCAUCAACAUUUUAUUGAAUUGCUUAAAUAUAAUUAUAUGAUAUAUAUUCUUAAUGAUAUGAAUUUGCAUGCUCAA